CAUUUUUGAGCUUUGGAUUUUGCUCAGUGCCUCACAAUUCCAUCUUAGCCGAGCACACUUGAUAGCCCUGAAAACCGUCGGUCCUCUCCGGGACAAUUGCUCAUACGACUUCCUUGUUCCUCGCGUGCUCGCGACUCUGUUGCCGCCUUCACGUUCAGCUUCGUGUCCUGGAUGAGUGAAGGGGAGGCUGAAGGUCGAGUCUCUUUCCAGAUUCAGAAGCCUCGCAAACAAUGAGGUCACGAAGGCCUGUAGCAUGCACGGCGUUUCCUUCGUCCCGUUCACCCUGACUGGGUGUUUGCAGAAAGCAGCACCAACCCGUGUCUCUCUUACAGAGGAUUGAACUGGCACAUCUGAGGCGAACGAGACAACAAGUGACAGUCGAUCUUUGGAUGGGUUCCAAUCGAGCGAAGCACCUCUUUUUCGAUUCAGCUUGUGAGCCUGAGUUUCUCGGGUUCUUCUUUCCCGGUCUCCUGACUUCAGCGGUGUCGCAAGGCUGAGUUUGGCUCCAGCUGGUGCGAGGAGCAGCACGCAAAAAGACAGAUAAAGAUAUGCAGGCCUGUUUUCCUUGUGACAAAGGGAUGCUACCCCCUGUUUGUUCGCUGUUUUCCGAGGGAGACCCUCCGUUCUUCGCCUGCGAGCCCACGGUCUGCCUUCAGAGUUUUCGCGAAACAGUCGAACUAGACUUGUUUGCGGGCAAAAAGCAGAUGCAGUCACUAACCAACGAGAUCUGCUCUGCAUUCGGUCUGCAGAGGAAUCCGUUCCUUUCGUUCCUAUUCUUUCUUUCACAAAUUUACCGUGUGUCCGUGGUUGUCUGAGUCUUGUGCGCUUUCUUUCCGCCGUCCCGUUUUACCCAUCGUCCGCGCCACUCCUUUCCCCUGGCUGCCUCAGCGUUCUCGGAACAGUUUCGCGUUUUACCCUGUGUCUGUGCGCGUUUCCUUGUAUACUCCCGUUUGCGGUUUCGGUGAGGCCAGAAAGCGACAAGAUGUCUUACGGGUGGUUGACCGAGAGUUCCCUCCUGCCCAAGAAGGCAGUGAAGAUCGGGGGCGUCUCGGAUUCGUCGCUGUACACGCUGUCGAGCCAGAUUUUUAGUUUGCAACAGGAGCAGCAGCAGAAGCCUCUCGAGUUUCUUUCCGGCUUGAGGAGCCAACGAGUCGUCUGUCCGCCGGGAUCCCAAGAGAGGGAGGGAGAAUGCGUAGAGCGCGCUGCACGCCAAGCCGAGACAGAAGCCUCCGAGCAUAGCAAGCUGCGAGGACCAGAAGGAGGUUUGGAGUCGGAGGGUGGCCAAGAGGUGGGGAGAGCGCGGAGAAGAAGAAGGGGGUCGCACGACUCUGGCAGCGAAGAAGAGUCCGGAUGUGUGCGAGGGAACGCCUACCCCGGCUCCGUCAGACGUUGGGGAAGACCCUCGAAAAAACCCCUCCACUGGCAGGCGCGUCUGAUGGAGGCGAAGAACCCGAGAGUCGAAGAAAGGGCCGCAGCAGAUGCACAGUUUGUCGCGGCCCAUGCCAAGACAUUGGAAGCAUCGCGGCGGAAGCUCGAGGAAAAGGCGAAACUCUACGACGAUGUCAUCUCAGGACGCAAGGACGCUUCCGAGGCUCCUGCGUGCGCCCGUCAGUUGAUCGACUUUGAGGACAAACUCUGUCGCGCUCCCCCGAUUUCACUGCGCACUGGCUCAGACUCUCACUCGGAACCAUUAAGUUCAGAGCCUCAGGAAAGUUUACUGUUUGGGGCUGCUUCAGCUAGAUUCACGUACGAGGGAGAAGAGCGAAGGAUGUCUGGAGAGGAGGGAGAAGCGGUGUCUUACGAACGGCAAAGCGCGACGACCGGUGAAAAAACAUCAUGGCACGCGGGGUGGAGGGAUGGAGUGCCAGAUGAGCCAAUGGAGACGAGUGGCCACUCAGGAGACGAACAGCAAAGCUGGAGGCAACGCGGCAGAGACUGUGAGACUUCCACUCGAAACUGCCUUCGCCCGUUCGGUAGCUUGUUAAAUUUUCAGGCUGGGAAGAUGAUAACAAAAGGAGGUCGUCGUGAUGUUCGAAUGGUCGACAGCGUAGACAAAACGUGGAUGCAGCCGUAUGCAUCAGCUGUUGCAUCAGUCUCACGUCGUGAAGGGACGCGAGAGAAGCGGCUGUCUUUCUCUGGGUCAGGGUGGUUGCUGGAUAGGAACAUGCACGCUCAACAACACAACUCAGAUGGAAAUACACUGUCGAGGCAGCUGGUAGUCAUAGACCUCCCGCAACCCCGGACACACUUGCAUUCCACCAUCACGAGUAGGCGUCGACGUUGGGAGCUUUUUGUGGAAUUCUUCGUAGAUGGAACGAUAUUUGGACAGCGUGUUGGGUUGUGUAGUAGCUGAUGAUGUUUCUGGACUGGCUGGUAACCGACGGAACAAUUCCAAUCUGUGGUUGACCUACGUGUGAAGGGCUAAUUUGCCAACGAGAGUUUCUCGAUGCUCAUACGACAUGUUUUUAGUGAUUGUGUGGGAUUGGCUGCAGUAGCGGGGAGAGCGGAAGAGGACAGGCGAACUACAGAAGGGCAAAACCAGUUUCUCUGCGCUCUCAGCAAAGAGACUGAGAGGUGAGAGAGAGACAGAGAAGCCGAUCCUGAGUGACAAGGGAUACACGAGAACAUGGGGAGGUGGCAGCGGGGGGGAAGAGUAUGCAGGAUUCUGGAAGAGCGAGGAACCGAUUUUCCUUUCUGCGCAGCCACCAGUUAGAGAUGGUGUUAAUGAAAAACAUUGGUUUGCCCCGUUUUUGAGCAAGAACGAGAGAGACACUGAUUUCUCGGAAUGCACUGUGACUUGUACGCGCUAUCUGGGAUUUGCCGGUGGCUGCAGGCGACGGGACGAAGUUGAAGAAACCAAGAAACAUAGGCUCUCAUUGUUGCGGACAAGACUGCUUAUCCUACGCGAAGCCGCUGCUGCCGCUGCUGCAGCGGCGGACAAUGAAGCAGCAACAAACGCCCUCAUGAAAGCGGCGAAGGCUGAAGCAACACUUAACAGGGAACGCAUGGUCGAUGCCGGAUUUGAUCUUGCCAGCCUCUCCUAGUUGGAGUUAUUUGUAUUUACCAAGUGGGAGGGGAGCCCCUGUUGCUAGCGAUAUCAUUCUGUACUUUACUCGAAAUCUCUUCUGCAGGUUGACGAGCCAAGGUGGUUUUCCGCUUAUGUGCUGUGGUUGUAGAUAUCAGUGGUUUCUCAGAGCAUCUGCUUUUGUAGGCGAUUACUACCAUGGUCGAUGCAUCCGUUGUGGGAUAUAACUGUAGAAUUUCUACAUCUUCCAUGAUAUGCAGUAAACCUUGUCCUGAUUCUGGUGACUCAGUUUUUUACAUUGGGAAGAAAAAGCUAGAGGCUGUACUCGCAAGCCAAUUUGAUUAGCCAGUCCUGCUGUACCUCCGGACUUGAGCCAGGCGACUCCACAUGGUGGGUAAAAAGCAACAGACAAGUUUGAAGGG